AUGUGGCUCAUCAACGUCAAUACUCUCAAGCUGGAGGAGCACUUCAACCCCGACGUUCCAUAUGCCGUGCUCUCCCACACCUGGGGCACUGAGGAAGUUUCCUUUCAGGAAUUCAAAAAUUCCGAUGAGGCCGUUUGGAGCAAAAAGAGGGAAGGAUUUCGCAAGAUUUUUGAGACGUGCCGACUGGCCAGUCUCCUAGGCCUACACUAUGCAUGGGUCGACACCUGCUGCAUCGACAAGACGUCGAGUGCCGAACUCUCCGAGGCUAUCAACUCCAUGUUCCAAUGGUACCAGUCCUCGAGAAUCUGCUUUGUCUAUCUCGCCGACAUGCACGACACUGCCCACUCAUAUACUUUUUAUGAGAACUUGAAGGCCUGCCGGUGGUUCACCCGCGGCUGGACUCUCCAGGAGCUUAUUGCACCCAAGAUGGUUACUUUUUACAACUCUUCUUGGAAGCUGCUAGGAAAUAAGCAAACCCUGGCCAGACAGUUAACCUGGAUAACGGGCAUCGAUCGUGCCGUGUUAAGCAACAAGGUCUCUUUGGCUGAGAUCCCCGUCGGGACUCGCAUGUCGUGGGCUGCGAAACGACAGACAACCCGCCUUGAAGACUCGGCAUACUGCCUACUUGGGCUUUUCGAGAUCAAUAUGCCAUUGCUUUAUGGGGAAGGCACCAACGCCUUUGCUCGGUUGCAGUCAGAGAUUCUUCAAGAAACGAACGAUCUAUCGCUCCUAGCUUGGACGUCAGACACCACGGACCCCGAGCGGCUUCAGCUGUACAGCGGCGUGCUCGCAACAUCUCCAGACCAGUUCGUCGUCUGCUCGAACCUCGAGAUAAUCAGUACUCAGCAGCUCAUUAGCGAUGCCGAAAUUCUUGUGCGAAAAUCUUACUUGCAACUUUCGGCCGAAUUACACGCUCGACAGUUCGCCUCUCACGAGACAGAAACCGCCGACCACAGCGAAUAUGUGCUGUCUCUUUGUUGCAGGCAAAAGCAUGGAACGCCGCCUACGCGGACUUGGAUAUGCAUGGGCCUGUCCAAAGUACCAUCUGGUUACAUACGUCACAAACCAUGGAUGCUCGUCGAGCGAUGGGGAGACAACGACUGGUCAUACGAUAAGAAGGCCAAACCAUUAAAGCUUCUACGACAUAUUGGUUUGGUGGGUUCGAACAAGCUCCAGGAUGCCAGAUUCAAGCGCGCCGUAUUCGUUCGACUGGACAGCAACCUCGGAGGCCAACAGAAUCCCGACCCGACCUUGACGGCGAUACCAGACACUCUAUGGGAUGGCCUACACGGUGUGUUUCUGGACAAAGACGGCGCACAGUUCCCAUCCUCUCCCUACCUCGUUCAAAUCACGCUGCCCCAUCACACCUCGACGGCGAAGCUGCUGCUCGUGUCACUGAUUUCGAGAGCGCAAUCCAAAUCCCCCGAACGCUGGGCUAUGCUGCUGAGCGACUACCAAGAUCCGAUAGGGAAGGCCUUCUGGGCCCAGCUGGGUGACUGGGACCAGUCCUCGACACUACGGAGUCGCUUGCCCAUGGCCAUGCUGUCCAAAAUGACACGGUCGAGGCAGCUAUCGAUCGCAUCCGCGGAUCAGGCAGUGUUUCCUGAACCCGCGGAAGGUGUUGCGACGCCCGCGAGACCAGCUUCGCGCACACUUCAGAUAUCUGAACACCGUCGUAUUACUGCGACGAUUAGCAUUGUGCCGAACGAUGCGGGCGACGAAGCAUGUAGCAUUAUAGUGUCCAUCCAAGACGUUGAUGCAAGACUUCACGGCGAGUCUCAGAUAGCAGCGACGAACGGAGCCACAGGGGUCCUCGAGAACCUCUUUGGUCCCCGUUCGCGAUCUUUCCUCCGGUCCGCAAGGUGGAGCACUAUAUAG